GCUGAAUGAAUUUAUAAACAAAUAUGGCGAACUUUAAUCCACGUGUGGAAGAAUUAAUAAAUUAUUUUAAAUCACAUAACAAAAUUAGAGAACAACAAAGUCAUUCAGCUAAAGUACACAGUGUUGGUUGGAGUUGUGAUGGAAAAUUAUUAGCUUCGGGCUCUUUUGACAAAUCUGUUUGUAUAUUCUCACUUGGACCGGACCGUCUAAAACAAGAAAUAACUUUUAGAGGACAUGGUGGUAGUGUUGAUCAAUUAUGUUGGCACGCAUUCUGUCCAGAAUUAUUGUCAACUGCAAGUGGUGAUAAAACAGUACGCAUUUGGGAUACAAGAACUCAAAAGUGUACUGCUAAUAUUAGUACCAGAGGAGAAAAUAUCAACAUAUCUUGGUCACCGGAUGGUAAUACCAUAGCUGUUGGAAACAAGGAGGAUCUUGUAACGUUCAUCGAUGCUAGAGUUAUGAAAAUACGAGCGGAGGAACAAUUCAAUUUUGAAGUUAACGAAAUCUCAUGGAAUAAAGAUUCGGAUACAUUUUAUUUAACCAACGGACAAGGCUGUGUACAUAUUCUUAGCUAUCCAGAAUUAGAAUUGUUACAUGUUAUAAAGGCACAUCCAGGAACAUGUAUAUGCAUUGAAUUUGAUCCAACUGGACGUUACUUUGCGACUGGUUCUGCAGAUGCUUUAGUGUCUUUAUGGGAUGCCGAUGAAUUGUGUUGUUUAAGAACUUUCUCGAGAUUAGAAUGGCCAGUUAGGACUAUAUCUUUUUCUUACGAUGGACAAUUAUUAGCAGCAGCAUCGGAAGAUUUGGUUAUAGAUAUUGGUGAAGUUGAAACUGGAGAAAAAAUUGCUGAUAUUCCAGUUGAAGCUGCUACAUUUACAGUCGCAUGGCAUCCUAAACAAUAUUUACUUGCUUAUGCCUGUGACGACAAAGACACGUACGAUAGAAAAAGAGAUGCUGGUAGUUUAAAAGUCUAUGGAUUUGCUAAUGAUUGAUUCAAACAUUAUAUAUGA